AUGGCUGGACGACCAAACCAAGCCAAGGAUGCACAAGACGACAGCGUGGCCACUCGACUGGAAAAGUGCGAAAGCCUCUCGACCGGCCAUGAUUUGAACCUCGCCGACUUGAACCUCCUGGCCGUGCCCGCCCAAACGCUGCACUUGUCGAGCUUGAGGAAUUUGAACCUGCGGCACAACAACCUUACCAGCCUUCCAGUCGACUUUGUCGAGUGUUUUCCGUUGCUUGAAGUGUUGAAUGUGGCCCAGAACCACCUCUCGCACCUCCCCCCCGACUUGGGCAGUCUCCAAAAGCUCCGGAAAUUGUUUGUCCAGUCCAACCAGUUGCGGUCGCUGCCUCUAAGCUUGACUGGGUGUACGAAACUCGACCAAUUGUUUGCCCAGCAUAAUCACCUUCAAGACAUUCCGGACGAGUUUGCGUUGCUGUCGUCGCUGCAAAUCCUGAGUGUCGCGCACAACCAACUGACGACGCUUCCCAAGGGAUUGAGUGCGCUCGUCAAGCUCGAGGUCGUGGAUCUGUCUGGGAAUGCAGCGUUGACUGACGUCCCAGAAAACCUCCGCCGAUUGCACGAUCGACACGCUGUGCUGCACUCCAAACAAGCGCGCCGCGAUCUCAUCACAAGGGCCCUCAAAGUCAAGGGUGCCGUGAGCCAGUCCCUGAAAACCCAAGCGCGGGACAUGGCCAUACACGUCUCCAAAUAG